AUGAAUAUGUUGGAUGAUGAAGAUGACCAAAGCUUUCACGCUACGCGUGACGGCUACUCCCAUUUGAGCGAUGUCGAAUGGGAUGCGGUUGAACGAAUGGGUUCGACCAUGGGCAUCCAUGCUGUUAGCGUCAUGCUAGAGGCUCUCAAUAGAGAUGCCCAACAUGCUACUAUCGCCAAGUUCAUUCAAAAUGAACUUGACGCAGAACGCGAGAAAGUAGCCUUGCUUCACCAACAAGGUUCUCAACAAGCAGAGUUGUUGAGAGAACAAGGUGCUCAACAGUUUGAACUGUUGAGACAGCAGCAGGCUGCUGCUGGUGGGUCGAUGCACUCGCGUCGACCCGAGACCUUGAAGAUUGACAUCUCCAAGUAUAGGGGAGUCGAAGAGGACUCCCUUUUGAGAUGUUUCGUCGAAUUGGAUGACGCCAUAAGGGCGCGUCGCAUCGACGACGGGGAUAUGCAAGUUGCAUUUGCCCAGUCAAAUCUGGCAGGACGUGCCAAGGCUUGGGCACUGGGGCUCAAGCUGCACGACCCAUACGCGUUUGGGUCGUUGGAAGUCUUCAAGUCGCGGCUCAGACAAACGUUUGAACCGCCUAGAGCUGAGUUCAGAGCUCGAACCGAACUCUUUAAGCUCAAACAGGGUAAGCGUGAUGUGCACGCUUACGCUCAACAUAUACGACAUCUCACGAGUUGUAUAAGUUCCAAUCCGGUGGAUGAACACACGUUGGUUUCGGUGUUCAUGCAGGGUCUUGCGGAUGGUCCCGUCAAGACUCACCUGUUCCGGCUUGAACUAGAUUCACUAGAACAAGCCAUUUCAAUUGCGGAGCAGGAAGACUUCAGUCUGAGACAGGCUCGCGCCAGCUCGACAUCAUAUCGUCAACCGAGACGAUAUGACAACGGAGGUCCAGAGCCGAUGGAACUCUGUUAUGUAGAGAGCGAGAAGGCUCGCUCUACAGGCUACAAGAAGUUGCAGAGAUGCAACAGAUGUCAAAAGACAGGACACUACGCUUACGAGUGUAGUGCUCCUCGUCCAGUGUCUCGCGACACUGGGCGUAGUGACCGUCCACCCAUGAGAAAGGGGCAGGGACGAGGGUCCGCAGUUGGUGCAAAGACGCAACAACGGGAUGGACCGUCAAAAGGGACAGGAUCAGUAGGUGCGGAGCACCCUACUGAUCCAGCAACGUCAAGAGAAUUUGUAGGCCUCUUGAUGAAGGUUGCUCCCAACACACAGACAUUGUGCGUUGCUGCUCUAGGUAAUGAGAUCUCACUCAUUACCUCGAAACUCGAAGUGACGAAUAAGUUGUCCCUUCGAGCUCUAGUCGAUUGUGGGGCGUCCAACAAUUUUGUGCGACGCCAAUCGCUAGAAGAUGGUCACUUUAAAUUCAGUGAAUGUGACACACCUCCUACGAGGAUGACGGUACGUCUUGCGACAGGCGCAUCCGUAAUCAAUAUGAAGCGUAUAGUGAAGAUUCACUAUACGCUAGAAGAUACCCAAUACGACGAUGACUUUAUCGUAUUGGAUUUGGAUGACAAAUUUGAUGUCAUCCUGGAAUACCGUGGCUCAGAAGGUACGAACCACGGGUAA